AUGACAAUCAAAAGCGGAUUUGCUCGUUCAAGUGGGAAUGCAGUGAAUGGGGUAUUGGGAGACGUAGGCUCAACUGCGUUUCAAGUCCCUUUCCAAUAUGUACCAAACGAAGAUGAUCGAAUUUACCAGCAAUACACGCAUGAUUGUUUCUCUUCCAAGGAACUACCUGUCAUUUGCAGAACGCCGUCGACCAGCAAAGAUUCGAAACAUUUUGGUCAGUUCAAUGGGCGGAUCGUGCCUCCAUUGAAUCUACCUUCAAGGGAAAGCAGUAUAGUGGAUGUAAAUGAUCCACUGAAAGGCACCCUAGACAUCGACAUGCGCAGUGACUUUGAAAGUGACACAAUUGCUUCCGCAAUCAGUUCAAAUUGUUCUAUUAAUCCAUGGUUCAGCAAGACAGGUCGGGGCAGUCCGGACUCCAAAGUACGCUUAUUAAAAUUUUAUCAGUUUAUUUCACGUUACAGAAAAUUAAGGCUUUGA